GGAAUAAGCCAAAAGUUGGCAUUUCCUCUCACCUCCACCCUCAUUUUCGGCCAAGACUCAUCAAGAGGAGAGGGAACCCCCUGCAAAAUACAUCCUCCAUAUCCAAGAACAAAGCCCAAGCAAUAGGAGUCCAAGGGGGGAAGACUAUAGAAGGAAAAAGCUAGGAAAAGGUGUGAAAACUAAGGAACUUGUGAAAGGUAUUUCAAGUGAUUUCACAAAGUUGGAAAAGUCGCCGGAGUUGUCGCCGGAGUUGACCGAAAGUCGCCGGAGUUUCACCGGAGUUCAACCAAGAGGGGUAGAACUUCAUACGCUAGCUCAAGGUUGAAGCUAGGGCUUGCUACUUGCACCUUCUCACGGGUGAUAUCAUAUCGGGAAGACGUGAUCUCGGUGAUCAUUUGUAUCGUGGUCAUUGUUUCUAUGAAAGUGGCAAUCGGGAUUGAUACCUCAUAGACGUUUGAUUCACGAGCCAUUAGCCCUUCUUUCUCGGUAUAAUCCAAGAUGUGGUUCAUUGGAGGAAUUGAUUGUGUAGUAAGACACUAAUUACAAAAACAAACCGGGUCUUUUUUAAAUGUGUGAACAAAAUCUGGAUGAAUGUGUACACAAAAUAUCAUUGCUAUAUGAAACCCCAAGAAAACUGCAGAAUCAAAAGAGACGACCCGGGUGGUGGCAUGAGCUUCAGACGUGCGCCCUUCUCCUCAAUGGUUCCGCAGCAUACCUUCUUCCAAUCAAACCCGGGCCGACCCGUAUCACGAUUCUCACCAUUCUCCCAUCAGCGCAGGCACAUUUCUUCCUCUUCUGUUGUCUCUUGCUCGCUGAAGCCUCAAACCCCGAUGUCUCUGAGGCCAGCAACUUUCCGGGCCGAGCUGUCAGAGCUGAAAAGAUGGCACCUUUGGGCCGAAUCCCUAGCUUCCUCGGUCGGCUCUUCGUUCUUGGUCCAGGACAACGGCCCAGACUCCACACUCUUGCUCAGAGAGCUCAACUGGCUGAUCGAAGACGCGGUUGAGACACCAGAAGCACUGUCAUCCAAUUCCCACGCUGAUGGCACUGCGGUGUCACUAAGGGCAUGUCUGGAUGAUCUUUAUUCUCUCUGGAAGCAGAGGAUAGAAGUGAGAAGGCCAUUCCAGUACUUGGUUGGGUGUGAACACUGGAGAGACUUGGUAUUGGGCGUUCAAGAAGGUGUGCUCAUACCCAGACCAGAGACUGAGCUGAUUGUGGAUUUAGUGAGCGAUGCGUUCGAGAAAGAUGAUCAAUUGAGAAAUGGGCUCUGGGCUGAUUUGGGUACUGGAAGUGGUGCUCUUGCUAUUGGGCUUGCUCGGGUUUUGAGCCCGUCUGCAUUGGUUGUAGCCGUUGAUUUGAGCCCAGUUGCUGUUGCUGUCGCCUCUGCCAAUGUGCAGAGGUAUAACUUGCAGAGUAAAGUGAAAGUAAAACAGGGGUCUUGGUUUGAGCCACUUAAGGAUGAAGGAAGAGGAUUGGACGGGGUUGUAAGCAACCCACCAUAUAUUGCAACCCAACAAGUUGCUGGUUUACAGUCUGAAGUUGCCAAACAUGAACCAAAGCUUGCCUUGGAUGGUGGAUCAGAUGGUUUAGAUUGUCUCCUGCAUCUUUGCAAGGGAGCUGCCUCAGUGUUGAAACCGGGCGGUUUCUUUGCAUUUGAGACGAACGGGGAGGAACAGUGUAAAUUUCUUGCUCGGUACAUGGAAAGAGUAGGCAAAGGUGCCUUCUCAGAUGUGAAGAUUGUGCCUGAUUUUAGGGGUAUCCAGAGAUUCAUCACUGGUUUUCGUACUGGAUGAUGAAAUGAUUUCUUUUUCUUACAAGGCAAAGUUGUACAUUGAUAAAAAUAAAAAAAACUAUUUCAUUUAUGUGUAGCAUCAGUGUAAUUUUCACCAUUUGGAAACAAUUAUUAUUCUUAUCAUUGAAUAAUCCAAGAAUAGU